AAAACCAAGACCUGGGGCUGGGGGCGUGGCCGCGGCGGCUGCGAGACCUGAGGGGCUGGAAGCCGCCGUGGCCCCAUGUGGGUUCUUUGUAAACCCCUGUAAUGCCCGGUCCCUAGUCACAGGCCCAUGGAGCCCACGAGAGACUAUCCGUUGUUCGGGGGCGCCUUCUCUGCCGUCCUCCCUCCAGGGGCCAUUGACGUGAGCGACCUCCGACCGGUCCCGGACAACCAAGAAGUCUUCUGCCAUCCCGUGACCGACCAGAGCCUCAUCGUAGAACUUCUGGAGCUCCAGGCCCACGUGUGCGGCGAGGCGGCUGCGCGGUACCACUUCGAAGAUGUUGGUGGGGUGCAGGGGGCUAGGUCCCAGCAGGUGGAGUCUGUGCAGUCCCUCGGUUCUGAGAACCUGGCCCUGCGGAGCUGCUGUCCUGAAGCCUGGGUGCUCUCAGGCAAGCAGCAGGUGGCUAAGGAAAACCAGCAGGUAGCAAAGGAUGUGGCAGUGCAUCAGGCCUUGCUGCGGCUGCCCCAGUAUGAGACUGAUGUGUUGCUCACCUUCAAUCAGCCCCCCACUUCUGACAACAGGUCCUCUCUUAGCCCUGGAAAUGUGUCCCCUCCACCCUGGAGCCUGGGUGACUUUGAACAGCUGGUAACCAGUCUGAACCUUCAUGAUCCCACCAUCUUCGGGCCCCAGUAAAGAUAUUGAAGUACUUGUGUGAGGUUGCUGGGGACUUGGGGACUCCAUUCAGCGAGAUCAAAAAGAAAAGAGGUUGAAUAUCUGGGUUUCCUCAUCUUGCUCCCCUGUGCGUAAACACAAGACAUCUCCUCCUCUCUGCAGAAAUAAACUUGCUUUAUAA